CAUAGUUUAGUUUCGUAACAGUACUACGAUUAAUGCAUUUUGCAAAAAAUGUUAGAUCCAUUUUCAACUUGGACGCUUGGUUAAAUGUACUCUAAUGACAUCAGUGAAAUGAUCAGAAAUUAAUUUGCUCUAAAGACUUGCGAUGAUUGACAUGAAAGUCGCAAAUCAUGCUCGAUUACUAAAGCCGAAUGAGCUCGUAUUCAUUACAAUAUGAAUCAUUAUGAACACGUGUAUCGGCAGUAUCAGGAAAUGUCUAUUUGCCUAGUAUACUAUUGCAAGCGGCUCUCUUGAGCUUUUAAAAGUCAUGUAUAGUUACCAGCAGCCGACGCACAAGUGUUUAACCUAUAUAUGCACAUUUUGAUGUCUCGAUUCUCGAAUCGCGUCACGGUCCUAGCUUCAUCUAUAUGAGAUAGGACUGAUUCUGUUCUGUCCUGCAUAUAACGCUGCUCUUGCAACAUUUAUCUAAACACUCAGCCAAGUGCAACCCAAGUUAAACAUUGUCAACUAGCCGCAGCCUCUGCUGUCUGUGAUAUGUGCACAUACGAGCGGGUGUAAAGAGGCCUCAUUUACACCUCCCUCCGCACGCAUUACUUAAUUGAAUUAUUACAUCAACUCUGCUGCUGAUCGUGUAAUCGAUUCAGUAAUUCCUUUUUCAGCGAUACGAUUUACAGCAAACUAUGUGUUUGCUGCUUUGAGUUUGAGCGUCCAUCGUUGGCGAUAAACUAGAUUCGUUUAUCUUUCACUUUGACCGAAUAAUGUGUAGCACUAGAACACAGAGCUCGCCAAUUAGUCUGAUCGAUACGGCCUAUUGAUUUCUUUUUGCAGACCAGUUGAAUUUAAAAUCAAUUGACACAAUGCCUAGUAAAAAUAAAGAACGCCUUCAAGGUUCCCCUCGCACUGCAAAAUGUGCAGAAGAUCAGAGUUAUGAAGAUUCCAGCGGUGGACAUAAACUUCAUACAGAUGGGGACAGUUUUCCACAUAUCAAUGAAAGACCAGUGGAAAAAAUAUCAAUAGAGUUUUUCUAUCAGCCACACACCAUUACUCUACUGCUCAUAUCUAUAUGUUUUGUCAUCUAUUUUGCAUUUGCCAGGAAUACCUCUAAUGUUGAAGAAAAUCUGUGGGCUGGUCUAUUAGCAAUUAUAUUUUUCUUUUUAGUUAUAUCGGUUUUAACAUUUCCAAAUGGUCCAUUCACUCGACCACAUCCAGCACUAUGGCGUAUAGUAUUUGGUUGCAGUGUAUUAUAUGAAAUGUUCCUACUUUUCACAUUAUUUCAAGAUUAUGAUACUGCUCGAAAGGUUUUUUUCUGGAUUGAUCCAAGACUAGCUAAUUUUCGUAUUGACAUGGAUAAAGAAUAUGGAGUGAACUGUUCUCAAAUAAAUAUAGAAAAAUUUUGGAACCACAUUGAUGUAUUUGCUGCAGCCCAUUUCUUUGGUUGGAUGUUCAAAGCUGUGUUAAUUAGACAUUUAGGUUUACUUUGGGCUGUGAGUGUUAUGUGGGAAGUGACUGAAAUAGCUUUCACCCACCUUUUACCCAACUUUGCUGAAUGUUGGUGGGAUGCUCUCAUACUUGAUGUACUCUUAUGUAAUGGUUUGGGAAUAUGGGUAGGAUUGAAAAUCUGUCAAAUGCUUGAAAUGAGAGAAUAUAAAUGGGUCAGUAUCAAAGAUAUUAGAAGUACAACGGGAAAAUUAAAAAGGGCUGCAUUACAAUUUACUCCUGAAAGCUGGACAACUGUCAGGUGGUUGGAUCCAACUUGUACUCACAUGAGAUUUGUUGCACUUUGCCAGCUUGUAAUAUUUUGGCAAGUUUCUGAACUAAAUACAUUUUUCUUAAAGCAUGUUUAUGAAUUUCCACCUUCACACAUACUUGUUAUAGCAAGGCUUGCUUUAAUUGGUGUUAUUGUAGCACCAUCUGUAAGGCAAUACUAUUUAUAUGUGACUGAACCAACUUGUAGUAGAGUUGGCAUGCAGUGUUGGGUUUAUGGAGCCAUUAUGGUAACAGAAGCACUGCUUUGUAUAAGGCAUGGCGCGGAAUUGUUUGAACGAACCCAAGCCCUUAACAUUCUUGUUUGGCUUUUGUGUCAAUCAUUAGUUUCAGUGCUGUGUGUUUAUGGUUGCGUUCUUUGGCAUCGAUACUUUGCUAAAUGCGCUCAAGAGGAUCUUGUGGACGCUACAUCCGGAAGUGGAAUCCUGGAAGACGAUAUUCAGUUGGACUCCAGUGAAAACAAAAAAACCCUCUAGGAAACUGAAAACUAAAAUGACGAACAACAGUAAUUGUAAGCUCUAGUCGCGCAAAUGCCAUUUAUUAUAAAAAAGCGAGACUGGCAUUAAUUUAAUGCUGCAGUUAGAGAGUGAUUGGAAUUAUAAAAAUAUUUGGUUCUAUGUUCACAUAUUUCUUUGUUAUAAACGUGUAGCCUCAGUACACAGGAAGUAUGCGAUACAUUCACAGAAAUGAAACUGUUGAAUUUACUUUAAUUAUCAAAACUUAUCAUUUUUUCCAUCGCCUCAUAGCAAAAAUGAAACUAAGUAUAAGUAGAAUGAAUUUUUGUAAAUUAAACGUUCACAUAGAAGAAGAUAAGGCAAACUAAAAACUGUACUUUGAAUUUUAUAGUCGUUCAUUGCUCUUAGCAAGUAAAAUUGUGUAUAAACUUUUUUCAACUUUAA